AUGUCAGACAAGCCGGAUUUGUCGUCGAAACUGAACGCGCCCAAGAAAGUGUCGGUCUUCGAAAAACAACGACAGGAUGCUGAAGCCAAACGCAUACGAGAAGAAGCCGAGAAUAGAGCUGCUCUGCGAGAGUUUGAGGACUCAUUCGCCGACGAGGAUGAGGACGAUUUUGUUGCCCAAAGGGAGCUGGAACAAGAACGAGAAAGAGAAAGAAGCCAACGGGACAGCAGAGCGAGUCCAGAGGCAGUGAUUAAGCGGCCAACUAUGCUGCUGUCAUCGUUACCGCGCAACACAACCGCAGCGACGAUACGUAACUGGCUACCCAACAACUUGAAAGUCGACGACAUGGCUUUCGCUCCUUCACCUACAGGUCACUCGUUGACUGCCGUUGUUGCUCUUACACCAGACACUGCCUCAAGCGACAUCGACAGCGCAAUCAACCUUCUACAGCAGAAGUACUUGGGCUUUGGCUGCUACCUUAACAUCUCCAAACACAUCACCAUCUCCUCGUCCGUUUUCUCGGUCCUACAUACCGCCUCCUCCGCUAUUUUGGUACAUCCUUUUGGCGCCAAACAGAUGCCUCGCGAUCCUCCUCCGUCACACAACUUCCGCAACGCCCCUCCGCCAGAGUCUCUUCCACCACAACUACGCCACCAAGGUCCUGCUCCUCUAGUCGUCAACGUGACACCACCCUCCGACCUCAAGCAGCUCGCUAUCAUCAACAAGACGGUCGAAAAACUCAUCACAUAUGGUCCCGAAUGGGAGUGCCUGCUCAUGUCUCAACCAGACGUUCAACAUGGAGAACACUGGGCUUGGUUGUUCGACAAUACCAGUCAAGGUCAUGUCUGGUAUCGCUGGUUGGUGUAUCAAUAUUAUGCUUCUCAGCCGCCUGCAAAAACCGGCCAAGAUACAUAUCAAUGGUCCAUGAUGGAUGAGCUCGCUCGCAUGAACAGCCAUGUUCGUCCGUUCGAUGACGGUCCCUUCUGGAUACCUCCACCAGAGAAGCCCAAGUACGAACACGCUCAGAAUCUAGCCGACUUGAUGUCGGACUCUGGCUAUGUCUCUUCGGACCUCGACACCGACGACGAAGACGAUCACAUUGUUCAGAACCAGGGUGUCGCUCCCGAGGAUCCAAACAUCUCACGACCACGCUACUUGAAUCCCUACCGCAAGGCGAAGCUUACCUUCUUCCUGAAUCAUUUGCCGGACAGCACCGGCUACUUGUGUGAAGGUGAUGUGCAAGCCGUCACUGAUCUAGUAAUCAAGUUCUCUGGUCAAGGUGCCGAAGAAGUUGUUGACAUGCUUGUUUCGAAUCUGGAGAAUCCGUUCCGCUUCUCCGUCAACUACAAGAUCGAUCGCCCUGCAAAUGAGAAGGACGACGAAGAGAACGAAGAUGACGACAACUACGACCCUGAAGUUGAUGGACCCAGGGCUUCCUUUGGCAUGCUAGGUGGUAAUGAUGAUACAGACAUAGAAGAGGCCGCCCCAAAGGACACAUCCGAUACGCAAGCAGAUCAUGCAAACGAUAGCAAGCCGGAAGCCUCAUCGGGAAAAGACGUUUCUGGCGCGCAAUUGGUUGGUCUAUAUGUGAUAAGCGACGCCUUGGCUGCCACAGCAGUUUCCGGCGUACGCGAUGCCUGGAAGUACCGAUCGCUGUUCGAGUCAGCUUUGACCUCGCGCCAAGUUUUUGAAAAGCUAGGUCGUAUGCCCAAGCAAUGCGGAUGGGGUCGUGUGCGUGGUGAACAAUGGAAGAGCCGCAUCACAGUAGUUUUGGACUGUUGGGAGCGUGAAAGCAUCUUCGCACCGGAGAGUCACAGGAGGUUCAAAGAGGUGUUCUUGAGCCCACCCUUGACGGACGUGGAACAGAAGAUCAAAGACGAGCAGGAGAAGCAGGACAGGGAGGAGGAGCUGAAGAAGCGUUGGAAGAAUGGCGAGUCCGAGGUUGCUGCUGCUACACCAGAGAUCAAGGCUCAGGAGAUUACACCACAGCCUGCACAAGCUGUCCAGGUGCAACCGGCGGUUAAGCGCCAGCCAGCACGACCUUCGGCGGCAGACCUGAUCCUGGCUACUGCAGACGGCGAAGCACCACCACCGAAGCCAGCGCCCAAGUUGUCCAAUUUCAGUAUGUCGCUGAACGCAGCACCUGCAGCUUCGCCACCUGUUGAAGAGGUAAAAAGGGCAUCUCCUGCAAUGGGCUUCUCGCUUGGUGGAAGCAGUGCACCUUUGAGCAAGUUCUCACUAGGAGGAGGUGCGAAGCCCGCCGAGGCCGUCAAGGAGAAGAAGAGAGGAAGCUUGGCUGUGUUUGGGGACUCGGACUCUGAGUAG